AUGGUUGGACCGACGAUCGCAUUUAUUCUGAUGGCACUCUUUCUUUGUGCUGAAAGUAUUCAGAUCGGCUUUAUACAAAGUGUUUCUUUGACUCCUGAAAGUGCGUAUCCCAAGCUAUAUAAUGGCUCAUGUGAGCAGUGCGUGUGUGCAAUGAUAAAUUCAAACAAGACAAUCGUUUCUUUAAACUGCUAUCGAACAAAUAGUACAUGUCAUCUUUUUGGAAAAGCCUUACAAACAAGUCGCAGCUAUUUAAAUACAAAAUCGAAUACUACUUUCUAUUUCCUACAAUUACCACCACAAGAUUUCGUCAGUCUCUCCUGGUCAUUUGACGACACUUUUCAGGAAAAUUUAAAUCAAGUAGAUACCGUACAGGUUAACAAUGUAUCUUUUGCUUCACCUGGUAUAUAUGGACGUGGUUCAGCACUAGCAUUGAAUGGUUCACAGUAUUUGAUGGCAUCAUUGUCUUAUGUUGAUGUGACAUCAAUUGGUUUCACUUUUGAAAUGUGGAUUUACGCUAAACGAAUCACUGCUACUUCAGUGCACCAAGGUCUUGUUGGCCAGUGUAUACACAAAAGCACUAGUAGUUGUUUACAUAUAAGUAUUAGAAGUAGCUAUACUCAUCUCGGCUUUUUUGACAAUGACUGUGUUGGGACCACAACUAUAUACAUUCACACUUGGUAUCAUGUGGCUUUCGUAUACAAUGCUACGAGCCUACGACAAACUGUUUUUGUUGAUGGAAAAGUUAGUUGCAACGACAGUGCAUCUGCCUUAAAUCCACAGGGCUUUACACCAUUAACUAUCGGUACCAUAAUUGAACGCACUUCAGUCAGAUCGUAUUCGGGAUACUUGGAUCAGCUAUCCUUUGUGAAUCGACCAAAAUUUUCGAGUGAAAUACUUAAUGACGCUACGCUUGUUUUCUAUUUCGCCUUCAAAAACGGUUCGUUUCUCGAUUCCGGUUCAAACGGAAUGCUCAGCACGCCUGAAAACAUGAUUGUCAUCAAUGACACUCUUCUAUUUAACCAAACUUCUUCAUCGUUCAAGAUUGAAACAUUCAUGCUCGUGAAUAAAUCUCUUUCAAUUUCAUUACGGAUCAACCCAUUUUCUACAAACAAUAGAACAAUUGUUCACACUUCCGACAAUUUCACAUCGUGGGAUAUGAUUGCAUUUGAUGAUCAAAAUCAGCUUACUCUGCAAACUGAAUACAAUCGAACAACGUUAAUAGGUCCCAAGCUGGUUCCGCAUGUAUGGACACACAUUGUUCAAACAUACUUUGCCAAUGGAAGUGUUGUACUUUAUAUCAAUGGAACAUUAUAUAAUCAAACAGAAGCUUCAUAUUACCCAGCCAGUUGUCAAGUGUAUACAAUGAUACUUGGCGACUGCGCACAAAGGUUUGGAACAUGUAAUCGUAGUGGUUAUGAAGGUUUUAUGGACGAAGUUCGCGUUUAUACUCGAAAUUUAGAUCUGUCAACCAUUGAAAGCUUAAGAAAUGAUCGCAAUUGA